AGGUCGGGGUAUUACAACAGCAGUCGUACAACACAAGAACAAGACUGACGACAGACGCUAUGAUAAUUUUGGUUUAAAAAAAUAUCAUUGAGCUAAUUUCUUUUUACAACACGAAGACCUUAUAGAGCAAAAACAAGAUGACGUCGAGUUCUUCAAAGACCAACUCUUCGCGAGGAAUGACGGUGUCUUCCACAAUUCCUAAAAGCCGAAGUAUCCCUCACGAACAAAACGUGGCAAUGACCAAGCCAACUCCUUCCAGUAGUUCCUCGAGUAGUUCAAGUUUUUCACGUGCGGUGCGUGGAGCAGUGGCCAAGAUGAGACCAGAUCCAGCGUAUUGGGACGAUUGCGACCGCGUAAUAGGGAGGAUACAGCGUUACUGUUAUGAGCUUCUCAUACAAGUAGAUUUUACUUUUCUUGUUCUAAUUAUACUAAUACUUCAUGAAGCAGUUCUUGAGUUGUGUAUGCUUAAACGAAGUGAGCGUGACUUUGGUAUUCUUAGGCUAAAGUCUUUAAAAGAUGAAGAUGAUUGUAUACUUCUUGCUGAUGAUAAGAUAAAUAUCACGACCCUCGUCCUCGAAUACCUUGCCGACCUAUACUGGGGAGAAAGAGUCGAAGUGAGACCAUUCGGAUCGUAUGCGCAAAGAACCGCUCUGCGCGGCUCAGACGUCGAUCUAGCACUGAUUUUUCAUGACCGCCUCGACCGAUUCGACGUUGACGUCCAUGACAAAGACAAAUGGCUGAAGCAAGAGAAGAUCGACGUGCUGAAGAGGCUAGCAAGGGAUUUGCGUAGAUACAGUGGGAGCUGUCGGGUGAUUACCCAAGUCUGGUUUGCGAAGAUUCCACUGCUGAAGCUGGUGUUCGACGAGGUCUUGGAAACGGAUGUCAGCGUAGGGAAAGGCACCAGCGGAGCGACUGAUGAGAAGAUACGAGAGCUGUUGGAACAGAAAGACUGGGUAGCCGCAGGCUUUUUUGCUGUGAAAAUGUGGGUGAAGAGGCGCCUCAUGGGCGUUCCGGAUAAAACGCCUGCUUUUUACGGUCUGAUCAAUUCGUUUUCGUGGGUGUUGUUGUACCUGUUCUUCUGCAUCGAGCGUGGAUACAUCCAGAGCUACGAAGCACUUGCGAAGAAGAAGAAAGAGGAUCUGCUAUGUCCACCUGACAGGAGCGUCUCCAAGGACAGGAGAGAUAGCGUAAUAUCUGUUGUACCAAGUCGUCGUGAUAAUGAGGAGGAGGGUGAUGUUGAGCUCUCAGACGAUGAGGACGACGCUCAAGAACCUGUAGCGAAAAGGCGGAAAGUCGAAACUACAGGACGAGGGAAAACCUCCAGCACUACAACUUCUACCACUACUGCUCUCAAAGGUGCGGUGAGCAAAGCGGGAAGCAAAACGAGGACCACUACGUCGAGUACUAGUAUUAAUUUGUUGAAUAAUACUAGUACCGCUGUUGACGACCUGUUCUUUCCACCAGAAGAGCUCUUCGAACAGUUUCUUUGCUUUCUUGAGUCUCUUGUUGAACAAGAACAGAAGCAGUUGUCUGGGAAAAAGCUGUCAGUUCGCUGCGGAAAACGAGUACCGGUGUCAUCGGACGGCUCUGAUUUCUCCGCCGAAGUAUUGUGGGUUGAGGAUCCUGCACAGCCCAGUAAUAACGCAGCGAGAUCGGUCCGUGUUACCGGAUGGGCCAUAGUCAAAUACGAAGUAGAGAGGACUCUGAAACUGUUGAGAGCAGACAACUCGAGAGCAGAUGGAGCUGGAGGAGAAAAGGUUGGAGAUCAGAAGAAUGAGAAUGAAGAAGAGGAUGGGGACACGGAGGAAGAAGGAGAGGACGAGAAAGGAGCCCGAGAAGGAUCAGGAGAAAGUAAAAACAGUAAGCUUUUCAACCAAGUUUUUGCUGAGCGCGAGAUUGGCUAUGAUGAACUAAAUGGCCGUAUCGAUCCGGGAGGUACUGGUGAAGUUCUCGAGGCGGCGAGUGCUUCUACCUAUAGGCAUCAAAAGGGUAGUACUAGCACUAGAAGCGGGACGUCUGGUGGGCAAAAGCCGUAUCACAACUAUACAAACAUGAACUCGUCGUCGGCAACUAGUGCAGGAGAGCGGAAGACGGGCCAAACAACUCUUAGACCUCUUAAUCGUACAACAAUAGGGCUCCAGCAGAACGGGUACAACAAUAGCGCCUCUAGUAGUACCACUUGGAGCAAUAUUAGUUCUUCAUCCACAAGUAGCUACAGCACACAACAACCCUCUAGAAAUGGCAUGUACGUAAACUUUGCCCCGCCUGCACCUAAGAAUGCCCCUCUUAGACCUCUUCCCAAAGCAGGCAAGGGUCUAGACCACUAUCAACGGACAGGGAGAUAUCGUUGAUCAUGAUGAUUUUUGCUCUUCAUGAGCUCCUCGGCGCAACAAUGUACGACUUUUCG